GAAAGAUCGGGUGGCAUAUGGUAUGGUCAGGAUUUAGAUUGGAGCACAAGUGAUUUACAUUCUCUAAGAAAUAUCCACAGCAGCCUCCUUCAAUACCCCCUUAAGGACUUCUGCACUCUCCUUGGCAACAAAAAUGGGGUGACAUUAUACGAUGCUGUCCAUAGUUCUGCACACACAUUUAAUACAGAUAUCUGGAAUAAAGAUCAUCCAGAGGCUGUGCCAUAUGCAAUAGACUUAAGCACGCGACCCCUUCAAAAAUGUGCCAGCAACUAUGAUUUUGCAAGGAGCCAUUCUCCGCCAAUUGAUCUCAGCACCCAGACUAGCCACACACUUGGCAGAGAACCCCAUUGGCUUGAGGAACCACCAUGUCAUCCUGUGGACCUUAGCAGCAAGCCUACCCAGGCUAUACAUGAGGAAGAGGUCAUAUUUCAACGGUGCUCCCCAGGAGCUCACUACGAUGGUGGACAGGACAGUGAAAGCAAUUCCUCAGAUUGGCCACCCUUGCAGAUAGAUUUGGAUAACACAUCAGAUGAUGGAGAGGGUAUGAGACAAGAGAGAUGUGAACCAGCACAAGAAGUUGAAAUGAAGAGUGAGGGGCAGAUGGAGGAGAAUUUGAGUUUCAUUUCAGCUGUGAAUGAUGAAGAAUUACCAGAACCAAGCCUCACCAAGAUUUCCAGUUACAGAAGAAGAAAACGUGGACCAAAAUCAUGGGAGUUUUUGAUGAGGCUUAUGGCUGAUAAGAGGACAAAUCCUUCUGUGAUUCGGUGGGAGGACAGAGAAGCUGCCACCAUUAGGCUCAUCCAACCGCACUACAUUGCCAAGCUCUGGGGGAAGCGGUCGAGUAAAUCUAAUCUAACCUAUGAUCACUUUGCGCGUGCUCUUAGGUACCACUACAAGAAGGGACAACUGAUCAAAGUUUCAGAACGGCAGCUGGUGUAUGGCUGUGGUCCACAGGCCCUCAAGUUCUUAGAGCUGCUCCUCCAACAGAACCAGCUGAUGGGCGAUGUCAGUGAGGAUGCUAUGUUGUGGACUGAGAUGUCAGAUGGAGCAGUACCCCAAGACCAUACAUACUUCAACAAGAAAGAAAUAUAGAUAGUUUGUUAUGAAGAUAGGUGUAUGUCCCUAAUUGCAGAUGUUUCCAGGAAAAGUGUAAUAGCAAAUCUUGACAGUGAAUCCAGUGAAGUUAUAUCAUAGAUAAAUAAUCCAGCCGUCCUGAUCAUGGGUUGAUGUUAAUGUACUAUUACAGGCAGACAUGUAAUGUUCCUGUUGUUUUAUGAUGAUAUUUGAUGGCUGUGAAACCAGAGUUAUUUUUAAAGAAGUUUAGUUUAUUUAGAUGUGUGCAUAGUUUAAAAAGGAGAGUAAGUAUACAGAAGAAUAUAGAUAGAUAUAUUUGCAUACUGUGAUGGAUGCACAACUUGUUGGGUUUAAAUUCAGUAAGAGAGAUGUAAAACUAUCUUUAGGUUAAGGGUUCAUAUCAAGUACCUGAUUUGAAGUUAGAUACCAUGAGCCAUUGUGUAGUUUUGGUAAUGAGUAGUGCCAUGGUGAAUAAUAUUUAUAGACGUGUUUUGUCUCAUGUGCCAAUGCUUAGAAAGUUGGCAGUGUUUUGGAUAAAUAGGGCUAUGAAUAUCAUCUGCAGUCUGUAAGAAAAGUAACACUACUGAACAGCAUCAUGAAGUAUAACAGUUGUUAAAAAGCAAUUUUUGUUUUGCUUAAAGUUUUUUUUUUUUGAUAUAUAAAGUAUAUAUAAGUGUGUAUGUGCAUGCACAUGCAACCCCCCCCCCCCCCCACACACACACACACACACUCACACUCACACUCACACUCACACUCACACUCACACUCACACUCACACUCACACUCACACUCACACUCACUCUCUCACUCUCACUCUCUCACUCUCUCACUCUCUCACUCUCUCAUUCACUCAUUCACUCACUCACUCACUCACUCACUCACUCACUCACUCACUCACUCACACACAUACACACAUACACACAUACACACAUACACACACACACACACACACACACACACACACACACACACACACACACACACACACACACACACACACACACACACACACACACACACACACUCACUCACUCAC